AUGCACCAAACAGGGACUGUGCAGGAUAAAUGGGCCCAAACUGGCUGGAGGAUAGAGCAGAAAUAUGCCAACAAAGUGUUGGUAGGCAACUGGGCGGAAGAAAGGCUUCAGUUCACUCGGGAGCCACAGACAGCCAACAGCACCAACCGUGUAGACUACCGGCCCCACUGGGACUUCAAGCCAGACGUCUUUGAGAGACGAUCUGCCCUGCUGAGAGCUGAGGGGCUUCCAUCCAAGCUGCUAUUUGCCCACUGUGGCCCGCCAUCCUCUAAUUACUUUGUCACGCACUAUGAAGAGAGAUACCAGUGUAAACAUACCAAUGCUUUGCCCACUCUGCUGCCCGGGCAUCCAGACAGCUUGACAUGGCAGCUUGAGAGGUCUGACCGGCCAAUUUCUGCCCUUCCAACCAACUCUGGCCCGCUGCGGUCCACAAAGCACCGUUUGGAAAAGCAGCAGUCACACCUCCCGUCACUGACUGUGUAUAGGUCAGCAUACCAGAAGCACCCACUUAGUGCCUUCUGCCAGAGCCGCUUUGCCAGGGCUUCACGCAUGCUGUCCAGCCACCUCCAUGCAGCCAAUCACAACAAUAAGGACCUGGAUCUGAGGCGGCACUCGCUACUACAAAUCCCAGAUCAUUGUUUGAGUCAACCUCCACAAUCACAACUGGCAGAGAGACAACACUGUGACUCUUGA